AUGGCUGAUAAGGAUAAAUGGCAAUUUCUUGAUAAGGACGGUGAUCAAUCAUUAACGUAUGAUGAAUAUUUUAAAUUUACUCGACCAGAAGAUAAUGAAGAUUUGCGUCGUAUGGAGAUAAAUAGUAUGAUCAAAGAAUAUGAUACAGAUAAUGAUGGUCGAGUUUCAAACGAAGAGUAUGGAAAAAUGACAGAAGCUGAAUCGGGUCAGGCUGAAUCGUUAUCAGAUGAAUUAGACGCAAAUCACGAUGGUUUUGCUGAUUAUGAAGAAUUUGCUCGAUAUUAUCUACCAACAUCGAGUAUUACAAUGGAUGAGGAAACGGAUCAUUUAAUGAAAGAGUGUGAUACAGAUAAAAAUGGUUAUUGUUCGGCUGAUGAAAUUGUAAACGCUUAUACAUCAUUUGCCGGUAGCCAAGUCACUGAUUUUGGUGCGGAUCUCGAAGAUGGUCAUACUGAGUUAACCGAAAGUUUUUUUUCCAUUCAGUUAGUCGAAUUAAAAAAUGGUGAAACUUACAAUGGACAUUUACAAAGUUGUGAUAAUUUUAUGAAUAUUCAUCUCCGAGACGUUAUUUGUACAUCCCGUGAUGGUGAUCGAUUUUGGAAGAUUCCUGAAUGUUAUGUACGUGGAAAUACAAUCAAAUAUUUAAGAUUACCAGAAGAAGUGAUCAAUAUGGUUAAAGAAGAUUCGGUCGAAAAACAAAAUAAAGGUUCAAGAGGCAAUGAGAGAGGUGGUCGAGGUGGAUCGCAACAAAGAGGAGGUGGUGGUGGCGGUCGAGGAAGAGGCGGUGGACGAGGAGGAAGUUUUGCAGGACGAGGUGGUGGCGGACGAGGUGGACAUCGAAAUUCAUCAAAUCGUGGUGGUGUAUUUAAUCGUUAA